CGCGCCGGAAGUGCCCACAAAGCUUAGCGGCAUGUGGUUGCUGGCGGGAUAUAUCAGGAAUUAAAACCGGAGAAACUUCAUAUUUUGUUGUACACACCGACUGUAUUGGGAAUAUUUUAUUUGGGCGCGUCGUGGUUUCCCAGAAAUGCCUUCUACGGUGGGCCCCAGCAGCCCUGCUGCUGCUUUGCAGGAAGCCCUGGAGAGUGCUGGCCGCCUAAUUGACAGGCACCUGCAAGAGGACCGUUGUUUCCCCGACCUGUCAGAGCUUCUUAAUGUACCAGCACACAAUAUGGCCUCCCUCUCUGGGAUGUCGGACAUGGACUACCCUCUGCAGGGCCCAGGGUUGGUCAAUGUUCCCAGUUUGCCAGAGCUGAGUCCCUUCAGGAGGGUGCCUCUUCCACCGGAACUCGUGGAGCAGUUUAGCCAUAUGCAGUGCAACUGCAUGAUGGGCGUGUUCCCAGAGAUCAAUAGGGCUUGGCUCACAAUUGACAACGACAUCUUCAUGUGGAACUAUGAGGAUGGCGGUGACGUGGCCUACUUUGAUGGCCUCAGUGAAACUAUCCUAUCUGUAGGGCUGGUUAAGCCAAAGGCUGGUAUAUUCCAGCCACACAUCCACUUCCUGUUGGUGCUGGCUACUCCCGUGGACGUGGUGAUCCUGGGCCUCAGCUUCCCCCAGGCCCAGUCAGCGUUGAACGACAGCCUGUCUGGUGCCAUGCAGCUGCUGCCCGACCCCCUGUACUCCAUCCCCACGGACAACACCUACCUGCUGGCCAUCACCUCCACCCAGCUGGGCCGCAUCUUCCUGGCGGGCCGCGACGGCUGCCUGUACGAGGUGGCCUACCAGGCGGAGGCCGGCUGGUUCAGCCAGCGCUGCCGCAAGAUCAACCACUCCAAGAGCAGCCUGUCCUUCCUGCUGCCCUCCGUGCUGCAGUUCUCCUUCUCCGAGGACGAUCCCGUAGUCCAGAUCGCUAUCGAUGACUCCCGCAAUACUCUUUACACACGCUCAGAGAAGGGAGUUCUACAGGUUUAUGACCUCGGAGCUGACGGACAGGGAAUGAGUCGGGUGGGAGCCAUGUCCCAGAAUGCAAUUGUGGCAGCUGCUGGAAACAUUGCCAGGACCAUUGAUCGUUCUGUUUUCAAGCCCAUCGUUCAGAUUGCUGUGAUUGAAAGAUCUGAAUCCUCAGACUGCCAUCUGCUGGCUGUCACUCAUGCUGGUGUUCGUCUGUACUUCAGCACAACCCCCUUCGCUCCGCCCAGCUCCAAGCAGGCGUCGGCCCGGCCCAGUCUGCUGGCGCUGGUUCACGUGCGUCUCCCGCCGGGCUUCUCCGCCUCCUCCACCCUGCAGAAACCCGCCAAGGUCCACAAGGCCCUCUACAAGAAAGGAGUGCUCCUCAUGGCUGCAUCAGAGACGGAGGACAGUGAUAUCCUGUGGUGCAUCAACCAUGACUCUUUCCCCUUCAAGAAGCCCCUUAUGGAGACCCAGAUGAUGUCUGCUGUAGAUGGGCACUCGUGGGCACUGUGUGCCAUAGAGGAGGAGCCCGUGCCCAAGAUGGUCACUAUGCUGAACAAAGACCUGGUGUCCCUCACCGACUCGCCUGUGGUGGUGCAGCAGCACAACAUCCCCCCCAACAAGUUUGUGCUCCUCUCCGCUAAGGGCAGUCACAUCUUCCACAAGUUGCGACCUGUGGACCAACUGCGCCACCUGCUGGUGAGCAGUGGUGGUGGUGAAAGUGAGGAGAUUGAGCGCUUCUUCAAACUGCACAAGGAGGAGCAAGCGUGUGCUACAGCCCUGAUCCUAGCCUGUUCCAACGCAGCCUGUGACAGAGAGGUGUCUAUAUGGUCCACACGUGCCUUUUUCAGGUGUGGAGGUGAGGCUCAGAUGCGAUUCCCGUCCACUCUCGCUGCUCCCAGUAACAUGGGCCCUCUGCUCGGCUCACCUCUGCCAGGAUCUCCUGGCCCAGGGGGCAGUUUGUUCUCCGCCCCCAGCUUCUUAACCACCCCUGCCCCAGGUGUGCCUCCUGUGAUGGCGUCAACACCGUAUAACGUUGCCAUGCCCAUGGGUGUGGGCAGUGGUUCUGUUGCCACCUCUGGGCCCGAGGUUGUCUUUUCUGGCAAACACAAUGGCAUCGCCAUCUACUUCACCCGCAUAUUGGGUAAUCUUUGGGAUGGCAGUAUGGCGGUUGAGACAUCCAUCACUAAAGGAACCCAAACUGCUAGCAUUAUGGAGAGCUCAGCCAGCUCUGCUGACCUGGAGGCUGUGCUGCUGGAACUGCGAGGACUCAAGGAGUUCCUGGACAAGAACUCUCAGUUCAGCCCCAGCUCACUGGGGACGCCCAGUUUCAGUUCCCCAGCCAACCUGCAGCAGAGGCUGAUGGGAGUGCGUCCAGAUGGGUCGUCACAUCAGGCCCAGCAGGAGCUCCAGAGGAAGUAUCACACGGAGGCCCAGGCCUGUGAGAAGGCGUCCCUGCAGGGCAUUCAGCAGCUGGUGCACCGCUGCUUCCAGACGCUGUCCCUGUGGAAGCUGCUGUGUGAGCACCAGUUCAGCCUCAUCAUCGCCGAGCUACCAAAGGACUUCCAGGAGCAGAUGAAGGGCAUCAGCUUUAAGGAGGUGGUGACUCGUGGGCGUGAGCUGACCGGUGCCCUCAUCACGGCCCUCAUCAACGUCUACAUCAAGGACAGCGCCUCCGUGGACCCCAUCAGCAACCACCUCCGCGACAUCUGCCCCUUACUGUACAGCAGCGACGACAGCGUCUGCUCCAAGGCAAAUGAGUUGCUGCAGGGCUCCCGGCAGCUGCAGAAUAAGGUUGAGCGUGAACGCGCUCUCAAAGAGUCCCUCCGCCUCUACCAGCUCAUCAGCCACAACGCAGACCUGCCUCUGGUCUGCUCCCAGUACCGCCAGGUGCGCUUCUACGAGGGUGUGGUGGAGCUGUGUCUGACCGCAGCGGAGAAGAAGGACCCCCAGCGGCUGGGACCUCACUUCUACAGGCACGGUGAACCAGAGGAGGACCUGGCCGGACAACUGGCCUUCCAGGAGAGGCUGCUGUGUUACAAAUGUGUGACGGACACCAUGCAGGAUCUGGUGAACCAGAGUAAAGCAGCACCACAGUCCCCCAGCGUCCCUAAACAGCCCGGGCCUCCAGUCAUGACCUCCGACCCCAACAUGCUGAGCAACGAAGACGCAGCCAAUCACUUUGAGCAAAUGCUUGGCCUGGCUCAGAGGUCUCAGGAUGAGCUCUUCCACAUCGCCCUCUACAACUGGCUCAUUCUGGCCGACCUCGCUGAUAAACUGCUGGAGGUGAACUCUCCGUACCUCGAAGAUCACCUAAUGCACAUCAUCAAGCAGGACCAGAACAAAGUGCGCAACAUGGACCUGCUGUGGAGAUAUUACGAGAAGAGCCGCAACUUUGGCAAGGCGUCGCACGUCCUAGCACGACUUGCAGACAUGCACAGCACGGAGAUCUCUCUGAGGCAGAGGCUGGAGUACAUCUCCAGGGCCAUCCUCUCCGCCAAGAGCUCGUCGUGCACCUCCUCCCAGGGAGCGGACGGCGAGUUCCUGCACGAGUUGGAGGAGAAGAUGGAGGUGGCUCGUAUCCAGGUUCAGAUCCAGGAGAUGCUCCUCAGACGGCACUCCCAGCAUCCUUCAGCACAGGCCGCCAUUGCCCAACUGGAUUCAGAGCUCAUGGACAUCACCAAGCUUUACGGGGAGUUUGCUGACCACUUCCAACUGUCUGAGUGCAAGCUGGCCAUCAUCCACUGCGCUGGCCACUCCGACCCUAUCCUGGUGCACUCGCUGUGGCAAGAGAUCAUGGAUAAAGAGCUGGGUGACAGCUCGUCCAUGAGUCCGGCUGACCGCAUGAGGUCCCUCAGCCUGAAGCUGGUGUCGCUGGGGAAGCUGUAUGCCGGGACGCCACGCUAUUUUCCACUAGAGUUCCUGGUGAAGUUUUUGGAGCAGCGAGUGUGUGAGCUGGGCUGGGAUGUGGGCUUUGUCACCUACACCAUGCUUGAGAUCGGCGUACAGCUGCCUCGCCUGCUGGAAGUCUACGACCAGCUCUUCAAAACCAGAGAUCCAUGCUGGCAGCGUCUGAAGAAGCCUUUGCAUCUGGUGGAGUGUAUUCAUGUGCUGCUCUCAGGAUAUGUGGAUGACCCUAGUCGUGUGCCCACCUACGACAGGCGGAGGUUUACCAACGUGUGUCUGGACAACAUCUGUGGCUACCUUGUGGAGCUGCAGUCUCUGAGCCCGAACUCGGCCCUUCAGCACAUCAUUGGCAAUUUCAAAUCUCUCCAAGCCAAACUGGAGAAGCUGCACUAACCACUCCACCCAGCCAGCAACCCCGUGUGUUGGUCAACAAGCUCCUCUGGACUGAAAUGAUCACGAAAAUCUCUACAGCUCUUACAUUUUGCUGUGUGUGUGUGUUUAUUUACUUCUUUCAAACGGCUGACGUAUUCCAGAAAUGUGCCCAGGACUUGAGAGAGUCCAAGAUGGGAUCGACUUUGUACGUUUGGACGGAUGUACAGACAUUUGGACAGAUGUGCAUAUGUCACCACUGCAGUGUCUGUGUGUGUGUGCUACCAUGAGUGUGAAAGACGAUACAUCUACCAUCUAUAUUUUAACCCCAAAAAUACAGAAUAUUGUGCCAUUAAAUAAUGAUUUAUGGUGCUUCUUUGGUUCACAUUUGCCUGGAAGACUUGGGGUUUGUCCCCUACUCAAAAUAUUUAAGAUAACAGGAAGUUAGAUCAACACAGGCAAUUUAACCUCUGUGUGUGUGUGGGUGUGAGAGAGAGAGAGAGAGAGAGAGAGAGAGUGAUAGAGACAAAGAGAAAGAGAGUGUGUGUGUGUAUGUGAGCGAGAGAAGGAGUGUGUGAGUGAGAGGCUUAUUUAAGUUGUGUAUGUAGUAUUUGGAGGGUAUUUGCCCAAUCUGAACUGUCAUGUGAACGAAAUCCUGUGCCUCUAAUCAGGGAGAUGAAUGCAUGGAAAUUGUGGGGGUGUUUUCAUAAUCCCAUCAUUUGAGUUUUACUCUGUUUCCCAAAACAAAUGAAGUCAAUUUGUUGUCUAUGGUCUGAAAUUCCCUUUUCCCUUUGUGCAGAGUGGGUAAACAGAUAAUGCUGGCCUAUUUCUGUCAACUAGUUUUCAGACCUAAUAACAUAAAGUCUCUCUACUUAAGAUCUUUGCAAAUGUAAAGUUUUUGUUCUGUUUUGAGAAGUGACUGUUUCCUUGCUCAACUCAGAAUUUAAGGUGAUUUCACUUCAGGUAUUUCACUUAAGAAUGUAUUUGUAUUGAUCUAGAAAAGACUAAACACUGGUCUUCGUUGAUUAUUUUUAUCUGACUAUUUUUUUUCUUUUUUUUACAUGUGGCAAAAUACAUGUAUUUGUAUGCUUUUGGUAGUUAAGAAGAGCAAAUAAAAUUUGUAUGAAACUGGAACAUCUUGGAAAACA